AUGCCUUCAAUCAUACGGUUUUCUCGUCUUCUCCGUCAAAGCUUCGCAGAGCUGAUAGACGAUGGGGCCGUCGUCAUCAAUGGUAACCGAAUCGAAGAUGUCGGUCCAUGGGAUAGCAUCAAGGCAAAAUGGCAAGAUCUGCCAGUCACCAACCUGGGCGAUGUCACAUUGAUGCCUGGUCUUUUCGACUGUCAUGCAUGUACCGAUGUCAAUCUGCCUGACGAGGAGCUUUUGCCUUUGAUGCAGAGAAACGCUGCGAAAUUCCUUGAUGCUGGAGUGACGACGGCUCGCGACUUGGGGGCCCGAGGAAUGACGGCAAUCGCAAUCCGCGAGAUGAUCAAGGAUGGCACAAUACUAGGUCCAAGACCACAGUGCGCCAACGCUCCCUUGGCAGUGGCGGGAGGCCAUGCUCACAUCAUGGGAGGUGUUUGCGAGGAUGUAGAAGGCGUCCGCGCAGAGGUCCGCAAGCGAGUCGCUGAAGGGGCAGACGUGAUAAAGGUCAUGGCGACUGGUGGGUUCAUGACGGCAGGUUCACAUCCGUCGACGGCUCGUUUCUCCCAGGCUGAGAUGGAUGCUAUUGCCGAUGAAGCCAAAAAGGCCGGACUGCCUGUGACAACGCAUGCGACUGGUACAGAGGGUAUCGAGAGAGCUGUCAACGCUUGCUUCAAUUCAAUAGAGCAUUGCGCAUGGAUAUCAUCAGACGACAAGGCUGUUUUCGACAGGGCGGUCGCUCGAAAUUCUAGUGGAAUGAACACUGCAUGUGUCGAGUCGGACUAUUUCUGCCCUUGGGACAGUCGACAUGACGUUGUCUCAAAUCUUUCGUUGCUGCGGGAAUCGGGCGUUAGGAUCAUAGUUGGGACGGAUGCUGGUAUCGGAUUUUGUCCUUUUGAGCGUUACGCAGAUGGGCUUACCGUCUUAGCAGACGCAGGGUAUACUCCGCGGGAGAUCAUCGCUGCAGCAACAACAGUUGCGGCAAAAGAGUGCAAUUUAGAUACUGAAUGUGGUAAGAUUGAGCCAGGCUUCGCAUUCGUAGGGAAUCCGUUGGAGGACAUCAAGUGCAUUGCUAAGCCCUGCUUUGUGAUGGCCGCGGGACGGAGACAUGAACUGACCUCCACAGCACCUGUGGGUUAUAUGUCGAAUGCCAAGUCGUUGACCUUGCAGGCUCUGAGAAAGGGAGCAGGAUUAGUCUAA